AUGGCCGGCAUGGAUCACAAUGAGAAAAAGGACGCAGUGAAUACUGUUUCUGAGCCAGUUGAUAAAUUACAAGCUAAGAAUCAUAAGCAAACGAAUGCUCCAGGUGUGGACGAAGCACCAAUGGCUGUAUUGCCCUUGAAUUCAAGCACUAAGCUGGAUCAAGAACCAAAUCCAUUUGAACAAAGCUUUUCCGGUGUCGCUGCUGAAGAUAAAGUAAAGGACAAACUCAAGCUACCACCAGUCGCCUCUAUCACAAGCCCCUCUCCUGUGUUGAAUUCAUCAGCAAACAACAACAACAACAAUACAAGCAAUGUUAUAGGAGGUGGCAUUUUACCAAAGGAGGUCUCUAGCCAGUUCACUUGGGAUACUCUUCGAACUGGACCUUUAUCCCCAUCUAUGCUUCAAGGCCCUGCUAAUCCCGAUGACUAUUAUACAUCUUCGGUUCCCAAGAGCAAUGGCCAAUUGGCUCCUCCAAUGGGGUAUUCUGCCAGAAGUUCAUUUUCUACCACUUCGAGUGAUAUGCAAUAUGCCGUAAAGGCUGAGCCUCAGCAGAACAUGUACUCUCACCCUCCCCCCCCUCCUGCCUCGCAACCAUCAAAGCGUACCCGCCAGCAGUCGUCAAGCAGUGCAUCUCGAAAACGAUCAGUGUCUCAGCAAGCAGACGAUGAUGCUCUUUCUAUGGAUAGCAACGAAUCAAACCAACAAAGCAAAACUCGUAGAAGAUCUUCUGCAGUUACAAACGAGUCGGAAGAAGACAACGCUUCUACUUCCAAUGGAGGCAAUGGCAAAAAGAGAACCAAGUCAAGUAGCAAAGACCCUGAGGAUGACGAAAAGCGAAAGAAUUUUUUGGAAAGAAAUAGAAUUGCUGCAUUAAAAUGUCGUCAAAGAAAGAAGCAAUGGUUGAACAACCUUCAAGCCAAGGUUGAGUUUUUGACGAGUGAUAACGAAAGACUUCAAAUACAAUCAGAGAGCCUGAAGGAAGAGAUUGUCAACCUGAAAACUCUCUUGUUGGCGCAUAAAGAAUGUCCAGUUGCUCAAUCCAAUGGUUUCCAUCCCAACUCCAUACAGAAGUCGAUGCCUUCCAUGAUGUCCACACAAAUGAUGAGACAGGGCAUCCCGUCUUCUAUGGGAAUGAUGGCUCAACAACAACCAUCCUACCUCAAUAGAAACUCUACCGCCGCCUCUACCUCGUCAUUACCUGCUUCAGGCUCUGGAAACUCAAGUGCGACAACAGUAGCCACAUCAUCUUCAUCAUCUUCCUCCAUCCCUCAAUAUCAACGUACAAAUAUGAUGACUGUGCAGCCACAGCAAUCAAAUCAACAAGGUAUGGUCGCAGGCGGUUCUUCUGGUGUGUUGCGAUUUUAA